AUGAUCACAUCUAGUAUUAGUCCAGCAUUGAAAGUUGGUCUCCGAUUUCUUGGCAUGUGGCCAGGUGAUUCAUAUUCUACCAUUCAUUGGCUGAGUUUUAUGUUGAGCAUGCUGAUUAUUCAGUACUUCCAAUAUUUGUACAUAUUUGGUCACUUAAAGAUGAGCGAGUUGUCAAAUCUUGUUGACGGUCUGAUUGUGGCUUUAGAUUACAGUUUGACGUUAUUUAAAUUGACCAGUCUGUGGGCACAUCGUCGAGUUUUUCAUAAAAUCCUGGCUACUAUGGAUAAUGAUUGGCACGAGUGCAUCAAUGUGGAUAAGCAUUUAUACUUGAUGACAAUUAAAGCGAAUGUAGCACGUUUUAUAUCUAACAUUUUACUGAGUGUUAAUGCGGUCGUCGCAGUACUUUACCUCCUAGGCGACUACGUACUUCACGUAAGCGGACAAAUUGAUAUAAUGUGUCAUGAAUUUAAAAAUAUUUCUAAGGGAUCUCUUCUUCAUGGAUCUUACGAGUCUUUUUUUGGAUUGCUGAUUGAGAAGCAUAAUAAAAUUAUUUUAUUUUCCAAGAACAUUGAGACACUCUUCUCCUUUAUUGCAUUAAUGCAAGUUGUUUGGAAUACGUUAGUUAUUUGCUGUUUAGGAUUUAUCAUCGUAAUUUCUAUUUAUAACGAAACUGGGAUUUUCGUGUUAGUGAAAACUAUUUCUGGUUACUUCGUUAUAAUGAUUGAAGCCUUUGUCAUUUGCUUUGCCGGAGAAUAUCUUAGCUUAAAGGGCAAAUCAAUCGCCAAUGCGAUAUACGAAUCGCUGUGGUACGAUAUGCCGUCAAAUGAAAAUAAAAUUAUAAUAUUUAUAAUAAUGAGGUCUCAAAAACGACUGACGAUUACGGCAGGAAAAAUGAUGGAUAUGUCAUUAGAAACAUUUACUCAUAUUAUGAAGGCGUCAGCAUCGUAUGUAUCUGUUUUAAAUGCUAUGUAUUGA